GCUUGGUGGGGUCCCAAUGCGCACGCUUCAAGUUGAGGGCCACAGGGAUGCUGCUGUAGGACUGUUGCUAUGGCGGUCAUGUGUGUUCGUAGGGAAAUGGUUCCGUUGUGGUCGUAAGUUGACUUAUUUGGCCUUUCUCGCUAUCAGGUUCUGUUCCACCAUCGUUUCGCGUAUUUUCUGCCUUCUGUUUUCAGGAACCCCUAACAAUUCUGCCUCUCCGGGAUAUAUUCCUCCAAUUCUUUUGGUAGUAUUUUGCUUCUCCUCGUACACUUUUGGUGAUCAUCAUCCUGGGCUAGUUGUUGUAACACCAGCGAUGACAAGGUUUUUCCUUUGAGUACCUUAGGUAGCGCUGUAUUUCGUCUAAACUUGGUUGAUUCAGUGCGACUUUCGAAAGGUUAGAGAUCUUGUGUCACAUGUUUGGCUGAUCCUUCUUUGGAUCUUUGGGUAGAAGGAAUUUUGUUUAGCUCUAUGAAGUUGGCCUGGUUACGGCCCACUGCACGAGCAGUCAAUCGAUAUCCUCAAACCAUGUUGGUUUUGACUAACAGUAGUUGUCCUAUUAAUUCUUCUCUCCUUUCUCAUUCUUUGGGAGAAAACUUGGAAUUCGUACCGUUUGCGGAGGGUUUCCUCCCCGUCGUUGGGUGAUAGGCUGUGUCCCUCCUCCCUGACAAUCCUUCUUUUCGUAUGAGUGGAAGAUGUACAAGAUAGCGCCAUUUUCUUCUUUGGAUUCCAGAACACCGUACCCACGAUUUACCCAUUUGUCGUCCGCGUCAUUUUUCUAUUGUAUCUAUUGUAGAUUAAUCCGCAAUAUGAGCAUAGAACAUUCAUGAGGUUUGUGAUUCAACGAAACCAAAGUAGGGUAGCUGGGGUGGCGGGAUUGGUGUUUAUGAAAUACUUGACGUGGGAAUGCUUUGAGUGAGGGAUUUGGGUUGAGGCGUCUCUGGCGAUGGUGGGGACGAAUGAAUCAGGGUUGAUGGAGGAUGUGGACCCGUUUCCGUUCAUGCUUCACGUGCUUGUGGCGCUGGUCGUCACUUAUCUGUUCUUGCCCUUCAGCCUAAACGGGUUUUUCUUUAUACUCUUCAUACUCGCCUAUCUCUUUGAGGUAGAUAGGCGUGGUCGAGAGAGAGAGCGACGUCGGAUAGCUUCUGAGGAGUGGAGAAAGAUCAAUACAAAACGGACGUUCGAUGAGGGAGAAACUCUAAGGUGGCUCAACCAAGCCAUCAAGAGCAUGUGGCCAGUGUGCAUGGAAACGUUUGCAUCGAAGCAUUUAUUUAGUCAUAUGCUGCCUUGGUUUUUAAAAGCUUAUAAGCCUAGGGCUGUAAGUGAUGUGAAGAUAGAAACCCUGCACCUUGGUAGCACACCACCAGUAUUCAACCUCAUUCGCACGCUUGAGCGUCCCACAGGUGGUGAUCAUGUGGUGUUUGAGUCAAACAUGGAUUUCAAUUCCGGCGAUGACAUGAACUGCAAGAUGUCUGUACUACUGAAAAGCCUUGGUCUUCGGACUACUUUCUACAUCUCGCGACUGCAUGUCGAAGGCACGGUCAGAAUAUCGGUGAAGUUUCUAGAAAGUUGGCCAGUGGUAGGGCGAUUACGCUUAUGUUUUACCAGCAAACCUCUAGUAUCAAUGUCAUAUCGUCCGAUGGACAAGAACGGAAUAGAUGUGAGCCUUAUUCCCGUUAUCGCUAAUGUGGUGGAAAAAAUGGUGGAUAAUGCAUUGGAGCUCUCUGUUGUUGAGCCGAACUUGUUGAUUGUAGACAUUGAGAAACUAGUAAGCCACAUGUUUUCUGAUUCAAGAGCCCAACAAGGUUUGUCGAGGUUUUUCAAGGUGGAGAACGAGGCCACUCUUGUCGUAGAAAUCCUCGAGGCCUCGAACUUGAAGGCUGCUGACAGUAACGGACUCUCUGACCCUUUCGUGGACAUAAAUUUUGGGCAACGCCAUCAGAGAACUUCAAAAAAGAAGAAGACAUUAAACCCGAAGUGGGAAAAUGAACGUUAUGAGUUCCCUAUUGUAAGCUGGGAUAUGCCAAAUCUGCUGACUCUGCGAGUUCGAGACUGGGACAUAUUGCCCACUAUUAGUUCCCACGAGCUUGGAAUCUGUUCUGUCUCUGUGAAUGACUACCGAAACGGGGAGCGUCAUGUGUUCAAUAAACGUCUUGAGAAAGUCUUGAAGGGCCACUUAAAAUUCGCUAUCAGUGUGGUUUACAGUCAUCCUCCUCAAAUGGCAGAGGAACCACGUAUAAGUGAUGCCAUGUGUGAGACUGUCUCACAAGACCUUAAAACUAGUAGCUCAGCUGUUGAUUACAUAUCACCAACCAGGGUACCUGGAAUGCCGAGGUCGAAGAGUGACACAAACUUACCAAGGAUUGCGACUUCGAAAGUCCCAGUGAGUAGGCACCGUCGUCGCAACUCGUCUGGAGAUUCUGCGCUGUCGGAAGUCUUUGGAGAGCAGAAGCCCCACGGUGACAAAAUUGACUUUAUUGAUAUGCCGUAUGGUCCUCGUGGUGCUUUCACAAUAUUCCAUCCUGGAUUGCAGACACCUCUUCUUUUUACUCCCGCAAGGGACGCCUCAAAGGCAUCUGAAACUGACAAAAGCGGAGAGUUCAAGCAAUCUCGAAGAUAUCGCUGGAUUCGAAGGAUGAGAAAGCAAAACGGUGGAAAUAAUUCCCUGGAGGGUCUCCAGACUGAUGGCAUGAGUGAACAGUCAUGUUUCUCUGGAAGUAGUGCAGAUUUUUCGACAGAUCUCAGGGAUUUCAAUCCAGAUCAGUACCGAGGGCCGGUGAAGAUGAACUUAGAAGACGUUGAGCCCCCAUUGAUGGACAUGGCUCCAUCUAUAGUCCCCAUCCACGUUUCUGGACAACUAGAACCGAUUCAAAGCGGGAAGACGCCGACCACGCCAGCCAUUAACCAGUUUUUCGGGAAUGCGCCUCGUGACACAUUCGCCCCUGCACCUGGGGAGGUAGAUUCUAGGCCCUCUCCUGUGUCUGGCGGUUCUAAUAUGGAAACUACUUCUAUUUUAUCGAAUGAGGAGGGACACAAGGGUGAGGGAAUUGGAGAUGCUGCUUUUGCCUCUUCACAGCCAGUGCAACGACUGAGAACCUCUCCGAAGCGACAGUCAGGAAAGCCAUCGUUCUCCUUGCCGUCGACUUGGUACAAGAAAAUGCGGUUGCUGGCAAAGCGCUCUAAGAAGAAGAAGCGGAACGACAAAGGUGAAGUCGCCUUUUCCUCAGAGUUGAAAUACCCUGUUGGCGAGUACGCAGAAGGCGAUCAUCGAGCCGUGUCAUUCUAUCACGAAGAUUCGGACCAGAGUUUUCCCUCUGGUCCACAAACCUUUAUUUUUGAAUCUCCACUUGAGACUAGACACAUGGCCAAUGCGGGCAACCCCGGGAAUGCGCAAGUCGACUCCCCACAGCAGCGUCUGAUCAUCAACAGCUCCAGCAGCAGUGCUGCAAAUUCAGGCAGCCAGUCAGACAGACACUGGGCCUCCAAGGUGAAGAGGCUAAUCCCUGACAAGUUGGCUCGCACGAGCCAGUCGUUCCGCCACGAGUUCUUGGACCUCAAGCGGUUGCAGACGCCCAUUCGCGAUUCAUCGCUGACCACCAUCCCGGAGAGAUCUUCUCAUCAUCGCAACGCCAAACCACAUGUUUGAUGCAAUGGUGUAGUAGUAUCUAUCUUUACUGGAUUGCAAUCGCAUGGCUGCUCCGUUUCAGUGCAUUGCCUUCUUCCUGACAGCCACCAGACCUGGAUCCACCCAAUUUUCGGGAGCAUGGGGAUGCAUGCAAACUAGUGGGCGGGCACAACAGAGAGUGGAAGACGAAGGUGCUACCUGUGGCUUAUAAAACCAGGCGGAACGUAGACACGAGUGGAUGCUGUCCUCAUGAAGCCAGUUGUGCAUAUCAUCCUGGUGACCACCACUGAUUCGUUUUUGUUUCGCCAUGAAUCCUGUGUUUUGUGUUUAUAACUGACGGGUAUCGUAAGCUCUGCCAAUUCCACCUCCUUCCCAUCACCAUCCUCAACUCUGUUGUCUGUCUUGUGCCUGUUUCCUACGAUUGAGCAUGACAGCUUUGGUUUUCACGAUUGUGUUCCCAUGAACUAUAUCUGUGUGUGCAACUCCGCGACGGCGUCAGUGUCUCUUGCAGACACUGUUUUGCAUGUAAAUGUGGGAGUGAAUGAGUCCUGAGGCGUGUGAAGAUGCUCCAUUCUUCGUGAAUUGGGUGCAUCAUCCCAAUUGAAUGGCCCAGCUCUUCAUUACUCACGUUUCUUCCCACUUUCCAAAUUUUUAUAACUCCACCUGUACUGCAUUCAGAUUGUAUUUUUGAGUUGGGACAUGUUAUAUGAUCAAUUUUUUUAUAGAAAAUUGUAUUCGAAAAUUACAUUCAAAGCUCCAUUUCAUAAAAAAGUAAAAAUGAUUACACUUCAUUUGA